AUGAAACUCACAACUUUCGUUGCUACACUUGCGGCGGCAAACGCCAUAAGCUUCAAUUUCUAUGACAGCCUUUUCCACUCGUCCGUUCCUGACCGUGUUUUGAAGGUCGCCGAGGACUCCUACAUUGCUGCCUCGGAAGCUGAUAAGCUCAGACUUAGAAGGGAGGGCAAACGGUUUAUUGAUGUUACUGAGAGUUUGCCCGUUCUGGAGGCGAUUAGCCAGGGCAUGGUUGCCCAAAGUGGCGGAAACGGCCUUCUCACGUGGUUCUCCAAGAACAUCAAGACGCUUAAGAAGCCGAUCCCAAAGUACAACUACCCAACAAAGGCAACCCAGCAGGACGUGGUCGAGCCACUCUUGGGCAAAAUCGACAUUGAGGGCGUCAAGGCUCAUUUGGCAAAGUUUUCGUCUUUCUACACCCGUUACUACAAGUCCGAGACUGGCUUGGAAAGUGCCAAUUGGCUUCACGAGACCAUCCAGGAGAUCGUCAAGGUUCUCCCUGAAGAUGCUGUGUCCAUUCGUAAAUUCAAGCACAAUGGCUGGGACCAGUAUUCCAUUGCUGUGUCUAUCAAGGGUAAGGUCGAAGAUAAGGUUGUUGUAGGAGCACACCAGGACUCCAUCAACUUGCUUUUCCCCAACUUGUUGAGAGCUCCCGGUGCCGACGACGAUGGACUGGGAACUGUGACCACCCUCGAGGCUCUUCGUUUGGUUUCCGGCGCCAUUGCCAAUGGCGAUUUCAAACCCUACAACACUUUGGAGUUCCACUACUACUCUGCAGAAGAGGGUGGUUUGCUUGGCUCCAUCGACGUCUUUUCCAACUAUUUUGCCGAAAACGCCACUGUUGUUGGUAUGCUCCAGCAGGACAUGACCGGCUAUACCGCUGGUACCACCGAUGCUGGUGUUGAACCACACUUUGGCUUGAUUUCCGACUAUACGUCCGUGGACCUCAACGAGUUUAUCAAGGUGAUUGUGGAGAGCUACUGUGCCAUUCCCUUCCAUGAGACCGAGUGUGGCUACGCUUGUUCAGAUCACGCUUCUGCGUUGGAGAACGGGUACCCAGCCAGUUUCUUGAUUGAGAGCGAGUUCAAGUACACCGCCAAGCAGAUCCACCUGACCUUGGAUACCAUGGAUCGCUUGGACUUUGACCACAUCAAGGAGCACGUCAAGUUGACUGUGGGGUAUGCCGUGGAGUUGGCUCUGGCCAAGAAGUUGUGA